CAGGCAUCUGCUGCACCAGUCUACCUUCACCUCACACCUCGUCCCCAUGGCUGGAGGAAGCCCCAUCCAGGCUGUGCUCCGUGCCCGAGGGGUCAAGGGGAAGAAGGUAUCAAACCUCAAAAGAGGCUCAAAGGAAGGUGUAACCAGCCUCAUUCAGUCCAUCAUCACCAAGAAGCAAGAAGUGAAAGACCCCUUCUAUAUCUUGGACCUCGGUGUGGUUGUGGAUCUCUUCAAGAAAUGGAGCCAUCAUCUGGAGAAGGUCCAACCCUUCUAUGCAAUCAAAUGCAACCCAGAGCCUGCCUUCCUUGGAGCAAUGGCGGCCCUUGGCUCCGGCUUUGAUUGUGCUAGCCGUGGGGAGAUUGAGUCAGUCCUAGCCCUCGGAGUCUCUCCAGACCGCAUCAUCUACGCUAAUCCAUGCAAGGCUGAGUCUCACAUCAAGUAUGCCGCCAAUGUUGGUGUCAACCUCACAACAUUUGAUUCCAGGGAAGAAAUUGACAAAAUACGCAGGUGGCAUCCACAAUGCGAGCUCUUAAUCAGGCUUAAAGCUCCGGAUGAUGGUGCGGCCCGAUGUCCCUUGGGACCCAAGUAUGGUGCACUUCCUGAGGAGGUUGUUCCCUUGCUUCAGGCUGCAAAUGAUGCACGGCUUGCAGUUGUUGGUGUCUCAUUCCAUGUUGGGAGCGGGGUGAUGCGAUCACAGGUUUUCCAUGGAGCGAUCGCAGCUGCUAAAGCCGUGUUCAAUGCAGCAGGUCAGCUUGGGAUGCCCCAUAUGCAUAUCCUUAACAUUGGCGGGGGGUUCACAGCAGGUGCACAGUUUGAUGAAGCUUCAGGUUUCAUCAACUCAGCGCUCCUUCAAUACUUUGCUGAUGAGCCCAGCCUGAAGGUAAUAGCCGAACCAGGAAGGUUCUUUGCUGAGACUGCAUUCACACUUGCCACCAACAUCAUAGGGAAGAGGGUGCGUGAGGAGCUGAGGGAGUACUGGAUCAAUGAUGGGAUAUAUGGUUCCAUGAAUUGCAUCUUGUACGAUCAUGCAAGUGUGAAUGCGCUGCCAUUGGCUUGCUCCUCAGACAGCGAUAAUCCAACAUGCCAAGGGAAGAAAAGGUACCCAUCCACAGUUUUUGGCCCCACAUGUGAUGCACUUGACACAGUCCUCACUGGGCACCAACUUCCAGAACUGCAUGUCAAUGACUGGCUUGUGUUUCCCAACAUGGGGGCAUACACAGCAUCUGCUGGGUCCAACUUCAAUGGGUUCGCCACCUCUGCCAUAUGCACCUACCUGGCUUACUCCAAUCCAUUCCAACAUGAAUGAAGUGAUCCUGUCCAUGAAACCUUCUGUCUGCAACCCAUGCUUGUGCGGAUGAAGUGAACCCUUGUAACCCUCUUCUCAUCUUUCCUUCACUCAUAACAGAACAGCUGCAAAGGUAACUUUAAGUUGGUUUAUAUUUGCAAGAAGAUUCCUACUAAAUGGACUUUGAUCAUUCUCUUUCAAUAAUAUGCACAAUGAUGAUGGUAGUUUACAGUAAAAUUUUACAACAGGAGCACUCAAUUUUUUACGUAA